ACCAGAGAAUCCAAUAAAGUAUUUGCUGAAAGGCCCUUACCCAAUUUUCAACUCGAAAACCCUAAAAACUGUUAACUCUCAAAGACUCGAGCUUUAACUUGCAAAAUCACCAACUAUUUGUUUUUUUUGUAAUGGAGGGAUCGGAAAAUGACGGAAAUGUUACGCCGAUCGCGACGUGGAAGACCGAGUUCUCGAGGAAGUUUCAGUAUUUUCUCGACAGGUCAACACCACACACGAUGGAAAGGUGGCUGGGUACAUUGGCGGUGGCGAUGAUCUAUGUUUUGCGGGUUUACUACGUUCAAGGGUUUUAUGUAAUUUCAUACGGUUUAGGGAUUUACGUAUUGAAUCUCUUGAUUGGGUUUUUAUCUCCUAAAGUUGAUCCUGAGCUUGAAGCUUUGGAUGGUGCUUCGUUGCCAACUAAAGGUUCUGAUGAAUUCAAGCCUUUCAUUCGUCGUUUGCCUGAAUUUAAGUUCUGGUAUGCCAUCACAAAGGCCUUUGUAGUUGCAUUUGUAUUGACUUUCUUCUCCAUGUUGGAUGUACCUGUUUUCUGGCCAAUAUUGCUAUGCUACUGGAUUUUUCUAUUUUUCCUCACAAUGAAACGCCAAAUUCUUCACAUGAUCAAAUACAAAUAUGUUCCAUUCGACAUUGGGAAACAGAGGUAUACCAAUAAGAAGUCUGCAAGUAGUAGUGGUACACCAAGAAACUGAAGGGUGAUGACAAAAGUGAAACUUGGUUAGCUAACUUGUUUUUGGUUGCUUUUAGUUAUCCCAAAAGCAAAACAGAACAUGCAUGUGUUAAAGUUUAGAAACUUUCUGGAUAGGAUGUUAAGGUUUUUAGUUCGGGGUUGUUGUCUAUGUAGUUGACUACUUGUACCUAUACAUACUGUUAUGUGGUAAAACUAGGCAAAAAUAGAAGGUUUUUAGUUUGGGCUCUCAUGUAUGUAGUUAACCACUGUUAUAUGUACUGAAGAGGCUAUUUUCUCAAUGUGUGGUCAUACUAGUUGAUAAAUAUAGCCAAGAAACAUAUCUUGAGACAUUCUUCUUUA